AUGUAUCACCUUGUCUGUUUCCUUGCGCUUGCAAUACUCGCACCGGCCGCCAAAGCCCUUCUGAACAUCACUGUGCCCAACUCCGUGAACGCUGGCACGUCUAUCGGAAUCCAUAUAGGAAACGACCUGCACCUCGGCGACGAGUCGUUGGAUGCGGAGUUUGACUUCAUGCGCAUAUUCCUUUCUGCCACAACAGACGAUGGACAGAUAUCCGGACCCAUAUGUCUCCUCGCAGACAACACGCCUAUCUCGUCCACCGACUUCAUCGUUCAGAUUCCCGCCUCCGUCGGCCCGCCAGGCUGCUUUUACUAUCUGAAGGCGACGCGAUACGUCAGAGAGUGGAACGGCGAUUUCCAACAGUGCGCGCAAGAGGAGCGUACUGAUAGCGGAUGGGGCGCCGAGUGCCCCGCUACCGUCUCAAACCACUUCUCGCUCGCCAACGCGACAUCCCAAUGGACAGAUUUCGAGCUUGAUGGGCGUUCCCGCCGGUGGCAUAUGGAGUACAUCCCUUGCGACAUCUAUCACUCUGUGCGCCAGGGCAUCGACGAAUUCUACAACGACCAUCCUGCACACUUAGACGACGCCGCCGUUGACGAGACGAUCUACGACAACAUAAGAGAGUGCCUCGCCGGUCUCAAUGACGAUGUCACCGCAGCCAUCACCGCCGCCCCAAUCGCAGUCGGCGGUGAGAUCGUAACGGACACCACAACAACAACAACCCCAUCAGCACCACACGUCGUCCCUAGAGCCGCACAGGCUCCACCUGAGAACACUACAGAAGUCCCAACAGCCAACACCACGCUCGGAUACGCCUCACCUCCGCACCCGAUAGCCGCGCCAACCAGGCCGGCAUCCGAGGGCGUAAGACCUGUUUCAAGAUGGUGGACUGUCUUCGCCAGUUUCGCUAUCGGGCAAGCAGUGAGGAUAAUAUUUGGCUAUUGGCCGGCAAUGGAGUUUUCUAGUGCGGGCGGCUGA